UGGCGCGACUCGGGGCCACUGAGCUGCUACUCUGCCGGCGGGCGGCGGCGAGCAGCGGGGGCAUGAGGGCGAGCCCGGAAAGCGGCAGCUGAGCCGGCCGGGAGGAGCGCCAGUCCCCGAGGUUUCCGAGAGUUCGGGGCUAGGGCCGAGAGGCACAGAGGAGCCGGACCCUCCCCCCAGGAACGUGUCCUGGGCCGCCCCGGCCGGUAGUGUGGCAGCACCUUCAGAUUAGGAAGACUCAGGAUAAAUUACACAGCUGGUACAAGACAGAGCCAGGAUUCAAACCCAGGUGUGUUCGUGGAGGGUUUGAGAAGCACUGUACUGUACCGGGCUCCCUUUAACUGGAUCUUGGCACAUGGUAGGUGAGCCUGUGAAACAAUAUGAAGAGGAGAAAAUAGCCUUUUAAGGAAACUGGCCCACAGAAAGGAUGGCCUUCUUGGACAAUCCAACUAUCAUUCUAGCUCAUAUUCGACAGUCACAUGUGACCAGUGAUGACACAGGAAUGUGUGAGAUGGUUCUCAUUGAUCAUGAUGUUGACCUAGAGAAGAUUCAUCCUCCUUCAAUGACUGGAGACAGUGGGUCAGACAUUCAGGGAAGCAAUGGUGAGACUCAGGGCUAUGUAUAUGCCCAGUCAGUCGAUAUUACCUCAAGUUGGGACUUUGGUAUUAGAAGACGCUCAAAUACAGCUCAAAGAUUAGAACGACUUCGAAAAGAGAGACAAAACCAAAUCAAAUGCAAGAAUAUUCAGUGGAAAGAAAGAAAUUCUAAGCAAUCAGCCCAAGAAUUAAAGUCAUUAUUUGAAAAAAAGUCCCUCAAAGAGAAACCUCCAAGUUCUGGAAAGCAGUCAAUAUUAUCUGUACGCCUAGAGCAGUGCCCUCUGCAGCUGAAUAACCCCUUUAAUGAGUAUUCCAAAUUUGAUGGCAAGGGUCAUGUAGGCACAACAGCCACCAAGAAGAUCGAUGUCUACCUCCCCUUACACUCGAGCCAGGACAGACUGCUGCCAAUGACUGUGGUGACAAUGGCCAGCGCCAGGGUGCAGGACCUGAUCGGGCUCAUCUGUUGGCAGUACACAAGCGAAGGACGGGAGCCGAAGCUCAAUGACAAUGUCAGUGCCUACUGCCUGCAUAUUGCUGAGGAUGAUGGGGAGGUUGACACAGAUUUCCCCCCACUGGAUUCCAAUGAGCCCAUUCAUAAGUUUGGCUUCAGUACUUUGGCCCUGGUUGAAAAGUAUUCAUCUCCUGGUCUGACAUCCAAAGAGUCACUCUUUGUUCGAAUAAAUGCUGCUCAUGGAUUCUCCCUUAUUCAGGUGGACAACACAAAGGUCACCAUGAAAGAAAUCUUGCUAAAGGCAGUGAAGAGAAGAAAAGGAUCUCAGAAAAUUUCAGGCCCUCAGUACCGCCUGGAGAAGCAGAGUGAGCCCAAUGUCGCCGUGGACCUGGAGAGCACUUUGGAGAGCCAGAGCGUGUGGGAGUUCUGCCUGGUCCGCGAGAACAGUUCAAGGGCAGACGGGGUUUUUGAGGAGGAUUCGCAAAUCGACAUAGCUACAGUGCAGGAUAUGCUUAGCAGCCACCAUUACAAGUCAUUCAAAGUCAGCAUGAUCCACAGACUGCGAUUCACCACCGAUGUACAGUUAGGUAUCUCUGGAGACAAAGUAGAGAUAGACCCUGUUACGAAUCAGAAAGCCAGCACUAAGUUUUGGAUUAAGCAGAAACCCAUCUCAAUCGAUUCUGACCUGCUCUGUGCCUGUGACCUUGCUGAAGAAAAAAGCCCCAGUCACGCAAUAUUUAAACUCACGUAUCUAAGCAAUCAUGACUAUAAACACCUCUACUUCGAAUCUGACGCUGCUACCGUCAAUGAAAUCAUGCUCAAGGUCAACUACAUCCUGGAGUCACGAGCCAGCACUGCCCGGGCUGACUAUUUUGCUCAAAAACAAAGAAAACUGAACAGACGCACAAGCUUCAGCUUCCAGAAGGAGAAGAAAUCAGGGCAGCAGUGACCCUGGCCUCCAGCCUCAGUCUGCUCCGGCUCAGAGCUGCCUCCAGGGCCAGCUGGCCAGCGCCCCCCCCCCCCCCCCCGUCCUGCCGUCCUCAGGGCAGGCUGUGGGCUCCGGGGAAGGGCGGCACCCUUAGGACGCGGCUCUAAGUGGCAGGGCUCAGGCCAGGCGGCCGAGGGGAGCCGAGAUGUACAUAGCCAUGCCCACACAUUUCCUUACAACUUGAUCAAAUUUCUUGAAGAACAAAAAUGUACAUUUCUUUUUCCUUUUAAUAAACAGGUGUCCUCUUUAUCACGGUUGGUAUGACGGACCAUUCUUUGGGGCAGAGGAUUGAUUAUGUUAUUCGCUUUAAAAUCUGUUCCCAUAUUGAACAGGCAGAUUGGAAAAGCUGUGGCUCGAUUUCUCAGAAGGAAUGUUUAGGGCUUAGUCAAUAGCUUUAACUCUGCCAUUUGUUAAAUGAGCGCAGCGCUCUGAGGAGUCUCUUACUAAGGUUAGGAAGGGACUGGUGGUGUGUGUCCGGGGCGGCGCCAUUUCCCCUCUCAGCCUCUCCCCAGCGCGUCCCAGCACCUCCGACCUCAGGGGGAGCUGCGGGGGGCUGGUCUUCAGGUUCUGCCCGGCUCCCGCCAGAAGUGGUCUCCAUCCUUCAGUAGCAAGUGUCCAUUGCAACUAGCGAUUAGGCCCACGUGUGGGUUUUUCCUGGGCGCUUCUCCGCUCUCCACCACAUCGGGGAGCAGUGAGCAGUGGCGGGGCCAGGGAAGCCUGCUCCGGGCGGGAAGCACGGACGUCUGGCCGCGCAGCUGCCUCUGCGGUCCUCACCGGCUCCAGGUCCUCCCGGCGCCGUCCUCCCACUCCGGCCCAGGCUCAGGGACCAGGUGUAGCUGGAGGACCUGCAUUUCUAACCGUUUUCUAAAUGGUCCAGGAAGAGAUGUGACGAAGACCGCAUCUCAAAGUCGAGUGUGUUUCUUUGCACACGGGUCAUUUUAAUGACCUCCUCUGUCCUCCUGAGCUUUGUUCAGCCAACAGAAGCAGCCUUUUCUAACGUCUUCCACCCUCCCCCCAGAAACAAAAGAAAUACUAUUUGUAGCUUGCUAUCUGUAUUUGAAUUUUCAGCAAUUUUAUAUUUAGGUAUCUUUGAAAAAUGUAAAUGACUAAUUUGGUCAUUAAACCCUGUGACAUAUUCAAUAUUAAAAUAAAAGCCCUAUACAUGC